GUUCAAAUGGAUCAAACGAGUGAACGCAAGCUAAAGCGAGCUGUCACAGGCCCUCUCUGUAACUUUGGGAUGCCGUGUAGCGGCCCGAAUUCUUCUCCAACCUGAGAUUCUCGGGCCUUGUGGUAUGUGAUACGCGAUUGAUCACUGCUUGUAAUCUUCUUCGCAAUGAAUAUCAACAUUGCCUCUGCUAUUUUCUUCCUUCACCCUGAAAGGAGGAGAGUAACGCGCCAGACGGUCCAGUCUCACCUUGGCACUGAAAGCAUGGCUGAAUUCAACCCUUUCGACCAAAUUCUCGUACUAAAGACGUCUCUCAAUACGGCCGAGGACACAUAUUUGGCCGUGAGCCCGAUGAUGAUAGACGGCCUCUACAAGCAAGACAUUGGCACAUGCGCCAACUACAGCUCCCAAAUCGGUGCAAGUUUCAUGAUGCUACUGAUCGUCAUUUCCAUGACGCCUUCGAUGAGGCUUAUCAAGGCUUCCCUCUGUGUUCACGUUGCUGCUCUAGUUGUCAACACAGUCCGCAUGACGCUGCUGGUACUAUUCUUUACAUCACCCAACUGGACCAACUUUUACACCCGCUUUGCAUCAGACUACUCCCGCGUCACUGCAGCUGACUUCCAUCUGAGCAUCACGACGGAAGCGACUUCGCUGGUCUUGCACAUACUUGUCCAGGUGUCAUUGGGAAUACAGGCGUGGGCUCUUGUUAAGCUGUUGCCGAGGCCCUGGAAAGGGGGCGUUGUUGUGCUGUCUUGCUUUGUGUCAGCAUCUGCCAUAGGACUACGUCUCGGGCUCUGCAUCAUCCAGAUCAAUGCUAUCCUUAUGCUGUCGCCCGCACAUGCCAUAUGGGUAGCUCAAGGUAGCGGCGUUGUCGGAGCAAUCUCUAUUGCAUACUACUGCGCACUGUUCAAUAUCAAGCUUCUCAUACACCUUGUAAAGAACCGGGGCAUUCUCCCAAGGCGGCAACGACUAAAUGCAAUGGAAGUACUAAUCAUUACGAAUGGAAUUCUGAUGGUCAUACCCGUCGUCUUCGCUGCCAUGAAUUGGGGCUCCUGGUCAACCCUCGAAUUAGGCUCGUUGACUUACACGUCGGUCGUCGUUUUUCUACCUCUAGGAACCUUGAUCGCUUCCCGCGUCUCAGCCAAUACGUCACGAGGAAAACCGCAGCCAAGAUUAUGUAUGAUAAAUUCGGAUACACCUCCCAAGGCAUCUCCAACCAUUGGAUUACGGCCUCAUCUAUAUGGGAAUGUGGACGGUGCCGUUACAUCGCACAUAGAGUCCAGUCUUCCCCGCCAACGCGAUCAGACUGGCGGCAUUGAUUUGAUCGACAUCGAGUUGCAACGAAUCGACGGAGACUAUCUUGAGAAGGGAUUCAUCAGAGUGAACCGAAAGGUGGAAUUCUGUGAAGAGCGCGUCUCAGCCAGACGAUAA